AUGGUAAACUACAAGCUUUAUUACUUCAACGGUCGUGGAAAUGGUGAAUGCGCACGACAGUUGCCCUCUAUUCUCUUUCUCCAGAUCUUUGCUGUUGCCGGCCAUGAGUACGAAGAUAUCCGCUUGACAAAGGAACAGUUUGCUCCAAUGAAACCUAGUAAGUGAAA